AUGUCUACUCCAAAGAUUACAUUACUAUUGAUUCAUCCAGCUGUCACAACUACUCCGGAAUUAGUUGAAGAUUUCAAAAACAAUGCACCAAAAAGGAAUUGGAAGGUGGUUAAUCAAUUUUUAAUCAAUAAAAUCAAUGAUGGUUCCAUCAAAUUGAAGAACAACGAAUAUGAUAUAAUUCAUUACAUGACUCCAGAAGCUCGUGAUUCCAUCUUAUUUCCAAAGAAAUUGAUCCCUAUUUUGAAUUCUGCUUUGAAAGAUAACGGUUUAUUAUAUGGGUUAAGUGAUACCUACAAGAUCGAUGCCCUUAUUAACGGAUUCGAAAUCAAGAAUAAUGAUGCCGCCGCUGAUUUGGAAGCUUAUCAUUGGGUUAAAAAACCAGAUACUGGAGCUAAGAAGACUGUAGCGAUCCCAUUGAAGUCUAACCCUACAACUGCUGCUGCCUCUUCAGGUGCAAAGAAAUUACCAAGUUUCAAAAAGGCAUCUGCCUCAUCAUCAUCCGAGGUUAAGAAACCGUUGCCCACUUUUAAGAAACCCUCUUCGUCCACAACCACAACUACAAAUACCAAGAAGAAGUGUGUGUGUAAGGUUCAUCAUACUGCGGAAGAUAAUGAUGAUGAUUUAGAUGAUGAUGAAGAAAGUGGGAAUUCUGAUGUCUUUAGUGAUUCUAAUAAGGCUCAAUUCUUUGAUGACUUGGAUGAUGAAGAAUCUGUUGAAGAAGAAGAUUUAAUCGAAGAAAGAGACAAUAACGGUAAUAUUACUAUGAUUAUAUGUGGUAAGAGUCAAACUAAGAAGAAGAAAGCGUGUAAGGACUGUUCUUGUGGUAUCAAAGAAGAAGAAGAGGAAGAAAUUGACAACAUUAGAAGUCAACAAGAUAACGUGGUUAAAUUUACUGAAGAUGAAUUGACUGAAAUUGAUUUUACUAUUGAUGGUAAGAAGAUUGGUGGUUGUGGUUCAUGUUCUCUUGGUGAUGCCUUUAGAUGUACAGGUUGUCCAUAUUUAGGUUUACCAGCUUUCAAACCUGGUGAAGCUAUCAAUUUAACCAGUAUUUCUGAUGACUUGUAA